CAUACGUACAUACAUACGUAUCUUGUAUAAAUGCUUUAUCGCUUUGAAAUAUCCUAAAGCUGACAAUUAGUAUCACGAAUAGCCAUCAAUUGUUCUUGAACGUGUUUACGUGUUUUCGGUGACAAAGGAAAUGCAUCGUAACGUUGAUACUACGUAUCUACUUAGUAUUAAACUACGUGAAAAACAUUACAUUAUUAUCUAUAACAUUGUCAUAAGAGCGAUGAUAUUUUUAGUUAAGCAAAUUACGCGCAUAUCGGCUCCUUCGGUUAUUUUUUAUCAGAUGGAUCGAGUGGAACGAGAAUUUCGACGAAAAUCGUAUUUGUAAAAAGCGAUAAAAUGAAAUGAUCGUCUUUGCCUCUGAUCGCUCUCUUGUCUUCUCCCCACCAAGAUCACUCCUCGAGAGUCCCUAAUAUGAUCGUGUCAAAUCGCAUGCGUAUUAUCAGCUGGUAGUAAACGCGCGACUGACGGAACUAUUGUAGCUAUGCGUAAUCGUAUCUUGCAAAGGUGAAAAAAGCUGGCCAAAAAAAGGCAAAGCUUAAAUGACUCUGAGAAAGGCUGAGCAAAAAUAAUCAAAGUGAUAUUUACAACGCGUUAAUUGAUCGCGUUCAUUCACGUUCAGUUUCAUUGUUCGAUACCAGUUAAUGCGUGAAUAUUUUUCAUCGACAUAUUUUGUAUUGCAGUGAAGAAAAAGAGUGGAGAAAUCGAUUGAUAAUUCAAUUCUAAUCAGCUCAAUAAUCGAAUAAUGCGAUCGAGUCUUAUUUUUCUACUCGUCGUUUUCUUUUCUUUCGUACAGUUCGUCGAACUUUGGAAUUUUCGGGAGCAACACAAAUCUCCUAUCAUCUUAAUUCCAGGAGAUGGAGGUAGUCAACUUGAAGCUAAACUCAAUAAAACUUCUACAGUGCACUAUCUUUGUGAAAAAGUUUCUAAAGAAUAUUUUAAUAUUUGGCUAAACUUGGAAUUACUCGUACCAGUAAUCAUAGAUUGUUGGAUCGACAAUAUGAAAUUGAUAUAUGACAAUGUGACAAGAACUACGAGAAAUCAAGAUGGAGUAGAUAUUCGAAUACCAAACUGGGGAGAUCCCUUCAUCGUCGAAUAUUUAGAUCCAAGUAAAGCUUCUCCUGGAGCAUAUUUUAAAGACAUUGGAAAUAUGCUAGUCGAUGAGUUAGGAUAUAUUAGAAAUAUCUCUUUACGCGGUGCUCCGUACGACUUUAGAAAAGGACCCAAUGAAAAUGGAGAAUAUUUUGUUAAAUUGAAAUCAUUAGUAGAAGAAACAUAUUCUAUCAACAACAAUAUGCCAAUAACAUUAAUAGCUCACAGUAUGGGUGGACCCAUGGCUCUUAUAUUUUUACAGAGUCAAAGUCAAACGUGGAAAGAUAAAUAUAUUAAUUCUUUGAUCACUUUAGCAGGCGUGUGGGGAGGAUCUGUUAAAGCGAUAAAAGUAUUUGCUAUAGGUGAUGAUUUGGGCGCGUAUCUACUACGGGAAAGUAUUCUUAAAGAUGAACAAAUUACAAGUCCAAGUUUGGGAUGGCUUUUACCUUCAAAAUUAUUUUGGAAAGAAAACGAAGUUUUGGUCGAAACGGAAAAUAAAAAUUAUACGCUUACUAAUCUUCAAGAUUUUCUCAUAGAUAUAAAUGUACCCAAUGGAUGGGAAUUUCGUAAGGAUAAUGAAAAGUAUCAAUUAAACUUUACUCCACCAGGUGUAGUAAUGCAUUGUUUAUAUGGAAAACAAAUAGACACCUUGGAGAGAUUAUAUUAUAAACCAGGUACGUCGAUCGAUGGACGUCCUCAAUUAAUUCCUGGAGAUGGUGACGGCACGGUUAAUUUACGAAGCUUAGAAGGUUGCCUCCAUUGGCAAAUGAAACAAAAGCAAAAAGUCUAUCAUCAAGCCUUUCCUGGUGUAAAUCAUAUGACAAUUCUUAAACACCCGGAUGUUUUGAAAUAUAUUAAGUCGGUUUUAACAGUUUGACGAAGCGGAAAUAAAAAAUUUAUUAAUAUUUAUCAAUUAGAUAUGAGAAUGAUAUAAAAAAAAUCGCAUAAUAUUUGUAAAUUGCUGCUAAAAGAUAUACGAACAGUUAGCGAUAAUAGUUGAUCAUGUAAUUGUGCAUGUCUGUUUAUUGUAAAAUAUUUUUAUACAUUAACAAUUUUAUCUUUUUAAGCAUAUUCUCCUUAAAAUGUUCGUAGUUCGUACAUCUUCGGCAACUAUGUUUUUAAAUAUAAAACAAAUAGUGUAAAAUAUACAAAGUAAAUAGAAUUACUCUUAAGGA